GAGCUGUCAAUCGCUAGAAAUUUAUUAUGGUCGACAGUGUUCAAGUUUUAUUGCUCUUCGGGCUUAUAGCGGUUUCCCAGUCAAGAGGUCCUGAUGUCCCUCAGGACUUCGAAAUUGUGGAAAACCUAAAACCUCUUGGAGUUCAAUUUGUGGAUUACCUUCAGAAUGAAAUAUUGCCGGGCUGGAAUAAAACGGAGCCCCGAGAAGAUGAUCUUGAUGAAUGUAGCACGGACCUGACUGCUUGGCGUAAGGGUAUUUCAUCUCGACAGACUUGGGCCAGGAAAAUGAUUGAUUCCUGGGGCUCCAUUCCCUCUGGUAUUUUUACGGGGGAUUCCUACGACCUGGGAAACUUUGAUGAAUGCCUAUCUAUCGAGAAGUUGGUCGAAGAAAACAGGAAAAUCAGUGGCAAGUAUUGCUUUCUGACCAUUAGCAGUUUAAAAAUUGCCACUUGCUUUCCGGCUUCGUGUUCGGCUACUAAAAUGCAAACUAUUAUGGAAAAAUUUUUACAAACACUACUAAAUUCUGGCAUGACUAUCAAAAUCAACGAAAGUGGUUGCCAAACAAGUGAAAAGGAUCCAUGGGAUGGUCUAACAAUUUUCACAAUAGUUCUAUUGUCAGUACUAAGUACAUUUGUGAUAAUUGCAACGCUCUACGAUUAUUUUCUUUGCAAGGAUCAGAGUCAACUGCCAGUCAUUGUAAAGUCAUUUUCUGCCAGAGCCAACUCCAGAGCACUAUUUAAAGUUGAAAGCAGUUCUAAUCCAAAUGUGAUUCAAUGUCUUAAUGGUAUCCGCUGUACGUCAUUGAUUUGGGUGAUAUUUUGUCAUGAAUAUGCAUUCUCAAUGAUAUCGCCCAACCUAAAUACAUUGGACCUGAUUGCGUGGGUUCCUAAGCUAUUUUCGAGUUUUAUGGUCCAUGGAUACUUUUCGGUGGACUCAUUUUUUGUACUUGGUGGUAUGCUGGUGUCUAUGAUUGUGUUGCGAACUAUGGAGAAAUCUAAUGGAAAACUUAAUCCCCUAAUGAUGUAUCUGCAUCGCAUCAUCCGCAUCCUGCCUGUCGUGGCUGUCGCCAUACUCAUUUACAUGACAAUGAUGCCAGUUGUGAGUGGAGGACCCAUGUUUAAGGGGGGAUACCAUGGAAAACACGCCUGUGAAAAGAAUUGGUUCUGGACUUUGCUUUUCGUCCAAAACUAUGCAGUAGUAAACUAUUGCAUUAAUCACUCUUGGUACUUGGCAGUGGAUAUGCAGUUGUACUUCAUCUCACCUUUUCUCCUGAUAGCCAUUUACAAAUGGGGCAAAAAGGCUGCUGCUGGAAUAGUGGUAUUAAUAGUGUUGCUCUCUGGCUGCCUUUUUGCCACACAAAUGGUCAACAAAUAUUCAAUACUGUUUAAAAACGGUGGAGACAGCACUAAAGAGCUGUAUUAUGCCACCCAUACCCAUGCGGCGCCAUGGCUGAUUGGCUUUCUUUUUGGAUACUUCCUUCAUCUAAAUCGCGGCAAAAAGUUCGAGCUCAAUAAGCUUACUGUGUGGUCCGGUUGGAUUCUUUGCCUGGCUAUGCUAUUCACUUCGAUCUUCGCCCUCUACCCAGCUGGAAAAUAUGACUCUCCACCAAUUUCUAUUUUGGCGGAAUCGUUCUACUAUACCCUCACCCGAGUGGGUUGGCCUUUAGCCAUUUGCUGGAUCGUCUUUGCGUGCAUGCAAGGAUAUGGAGGCCUGGCCAACAGUUUUCUCUCUUCCCCAUUGUGGCAGCCUUUUACCAGGCUCUCCUAUUCAAUGUUUAUUUGGCACAUGUUUGUUCAGGAAGUCAACAUCCGAAAUACCAGGACAAACACAUACUUCUCCAAUUACCAAGUGAUGCUUCAUUUUUGGGAAGAUUUUGGUUUUAUAUUGCUGAUGUCCUACUUUUUGUAUCUUAUUGUGGAGGCUCCUCUGGGUUUUUUCGAUGUUCUUUUGCGAAAGCGAAGAGUGCCUGCUGUUCGUACGGAGCCAAAAUUAAGUCCGGAACAUCUUGAAACAAAUCAAACAAACCAGCCAGAAAAUCAAAACCAUACCGACACAAAUGUAGUUAAAUAAUUAAUUGUAUUAAUUGUAUUGUUAUUGUUGUAUUAAUUUAUUUUAUUCACCUUUUUUUUAAAUGACUCAAUAAAAUUCUAC